CUUGAAAUGCUUUCAUUCAGAAAUCGUCAACUACAAAUCACAUCAUGUGGCUACGCUUUGUGUUCUUGACCGCUGCGCUCCUGCAUCUCUCCGGAUUGUCCAGUGCUUUUACGACUGGCAUGCAAGGAUGGGGAAAUGUCAUAGAAGUAAGCAACGAAGGCGCAUUGAACAAAUUUUUAUGUGGUGUCAAUUACGAAAAUUGCUAUGGACAAAAGUUGAGCACAGAGGUCUCGGUGAGCAACGACAAAAUUUAUAAGUUGGAAGUCUACGAAAUUAAGCCACCGGCGACCCUUAAGGAACUUCUUGAUGAACAAAAUAAUUUAGUAGCAGCUAUGCACCGCCUGGAAGACAAAGUGCAGGCACAAGGUGCCGACGUACGCAACGACUUGGAAGCAGCUGAGUAUAAAUUACGGGAACAAAAUAUUGACAUUUCAGAGAUCAAGCAGGAUGGAAGGUCCUUGAGAUCAGAGAUAGAAGAAAAUUUGGGUCAGCAAAAAACUGCAUUACUUAAAAUACUUAAUACCAAACUUACGCGGCUGCGCCAGAAAAUCGGUAAACCUGCUGCCGAAGACCCAAAUGCCGGUUUACCAGCCAGCUGCGCUGAAGCUUUUGAAAAAUACGAUAGCCCGGAAAGCGGUAUCUUCACGCUGUACUUGCCCGAUUUUGACCUGCCACCCUUCGAGGUUUACUGUCUAGCAGAUCCGAAUGGCGGUCCUGCUUGGACUGUGGUGCAACGCCGCACAGAUGGCACUGAGGAUUUUUAUCGCAACUGGGAUGAUUAUGUUGCAGGAUUUGGUGACAAGGAAAAUGAGUUUUUCAUUGGAUUGGAAAAAUUGUAUGCGCUCACAAAUGAUCAGCCUAACGAGUUGUGGAUAAAAUUGGAAGACUUUGAGGAGGAUGAACGUUAUGCGAAAUAUGCAGAAUUCGCCAUAGGCGAUGAGAGCGAAAACUAUGCUUUGAAUGUAUUGGAAGGAUUUUCGGGCGAUGCGGGCGAUUCAAUGAUCACGCAAAAGGGGCAGAAAUUUACUACUAAAGAUCGUGAUAAUGAUAAGCAUACAUCGUAUAAUUGUGCUGUCACCUUUAAGGGCGCUUGGUGGUACAAUCGUUGUCACGAUAGUAAUCUGAAUGGACGAUAUUUAUUCGGUGAAUACUCUUACUUUGAAGAGGCCGAGGGGAUCGAUUGGUACACCUGGCAUGGUCACGAAUAUUCGUUGAAGUACGUGCAUAUGGCUAUCAGACCGAAGAACAGCUGAAGGCAAUGUCUUUUUUUCCAAAAAUUAUUGUAUGCAGAUCAUACUUAAUAUACUAAAUACCUCUAUAUGUACAUAUGUAUGUAAUGACAAUAAAAAAAGUAUUUCAUAUUAAAUGUUUUCGCUGGCGUUAAAUUUUAUUGAGUAC